GCUAGUUAAUGCUAUCAAAGCGCACUUAUUUAUAUUGCUUUCGCCAUUCUAUCUAUGCAAUGGAGUUUUAUCAGAUUACAAAUUUUCACACCAUGUUAGCAAAAAGAGGUGGUUUCGGUGUAGCUCUUCUUCAAUGAAAGCCCCCGAUGGAAACCCUUCUGGAUCCAAUUUGCCUACUUGUGAUUAAACGGGGUAAGAGUUAAACAUAGAGAUGCAAUGUUGUACUAAAAAAAUCACAAAAUCCACAUUUCUUUGAUCACCCAUGGUAACAUAACAUGUAUUGUGGCACUAGACAGAGGAAAUCAUUUUGUGGAUAACUGUUAGGCUAAAUGCUGAGAUAUAUUCAUCAUCAUCUUUUUUAAUAAUCAUGUUAUUAAAAUAGAGUAUUUACUAGUUUUGCUAUUAAUUAAUCUCUAUCCAAGAAUUUGGUUUGUUACCUUCCGUAGAAUCUCUUCUUUCAACUGUAUUUUUUUUUUAUCUACAAAACAAUACUCGAAUUUAAGAUUUUAAUUAAAGAUAUCAAGUUUAACGCUCAUCCUCUGGUUGUAAGAAAAGAUGGAAAAUAGGAUGUGUGCAAGUGAAAAUUUCCGACAUGAUAAUAAGAAGAGUGAAUAGAGACAAAGUGAUGGAAAAUUUUUGAGUUAAGAGAAAAAGUGGGCCACAGUGUCUAUUGGGGAAGGAGCAAGCAAGCAAACGUUCACUGGUGUUGGAACUUGCGUUCCCUGGUAAACAAGUUUCUCCUAAAACACUUUGGUCUGCUACUAGUCCCCACACCCACAUGACUUUGGUUCUCUUUUCCACUAUACUAACUCAUGAUAAAUACCCCUCCAUUCUACCACAAAAUCCACACUUUCAAACCCUCCCUACUAGAAAAAAUUCAAACUUAGAAGAAGAAGGUUCAAGAGCAAAAUAAUGGCCAUCAAAAUAUCCAAUAAACUACCACAAGCUGUUGUUCUCAAGCAAAUUCUCAAAAGGUGCUCAAGUUUUGGAAAAAAGCAGAGCUACAAUGAAGAGGGUCUUCCAGAUGAUGUGCCAAAAGGCCAUUUUGCAGUCUAUGUUGGAGAGAACAGGACCAGAUAUAUUAUCCCAAUUUCAUGGCUUGCUCACCCUCAGUUUCAAAUUUUGCUCCAAAGAGCUGAGGAGGAGUUUGGCUUCAACCAUGACAUGGGACUCACCAUACCCUGUGAUGAAGUCGCUUUUGAGACCCUAACCUCAAUGAUGAGAUAAGAAAGGAGGGAUUAUCAUUAUUACCAUCAUGAAUCCCUUGGCUAGUGGUGAUUUAGAAGUAUGAAAGUCCCUUUGCCGAGUGGUGGUCAUGACUUGGUCACUACUAUUAACAUUUUACGUUUGGUAUUGUAAUUGUAUAUAGUAUAGAUAUAUAGAUUGAUGCCCAAGCAUAUUCCUUGGCAAUGUCAUUUGUAUCUUUAAUGAGUUAAAUGAAGCAACGUUAUUCAUGAGGGUAUUACCCCCGAUGAAUAUAUAUUUU